CCGUCUAGCACCCUGGACUCCCUGCGGGGUUCCACCCGCUACCCUCACUAUGUGAACCAACCCUGGUGGCAGCAGCCCCAGCCCAACACGACACCUCCCCACAACAUGCUGGGGGCUAGUUUUGGUGUCACAUCCCACAGAAAACCAUGAGCCCAUCCACUCAGGCAGUCGUCCUUGCUGCCAUCCAUCCAGGCACCUUCUGACCGUCCUGGACACCCACAGGUCCCAGAACCCAAGAUGCAGCCCCUCUGGGGGUUCCUGGUCCUCUUUAGCUUGCUGCUCUUGCCUUCGGCACUGCAUAAACAGCCCUGGUCUGACCAGGACGACAUCGCCACACAAAGCAAAUCUACCCUGGCAAUAGUUAUUGCCCAGGGCCUCGUGAAGCACAAUGUGGAGUGCCGAAUCCAGAACCUCCGCCUCCUGGACAGUCUGAAAGCCCUUGGCCAGAUGGCCCCAGGCAUCAUGGGCUGGCUGAUUAGCAACAUGAAACUCCAGCAGCAGCAGGAAGGCAGCACCAACAUCACCAACGUUCACCUGGACUAUGGCAGGAUCCAGAUGUGCUUGCAAGAGGAGUGGUUCUCAGCAAACAUCUCACAUGACUUUGACAUUGAAUUGAGACUGCCCUUCAAUAACAAGAUCACCAAGAUGCAUGUGUGCAUGAUGCUCGUUGCGGAGUUCUGGCUGGACAAAGACGUGUUUGGCCGAAGGAAUCUGGUGAUAGGCAAAUGCUCCAUGGAGCCCAGCAGUGUCCACACAACAAUCCUGACUGUUGAUAUUCCUCCAAAGAUAAAACAUUUUCUCCGCCACCUUAGAGAAAAUCUGGAUAAAGUCAUCCCACACCUUAUAGAAAGUCAAGUGUGUCCUUUGAUCAACGAAAUCCUCAGGCAGCUGGAUGUGAAACUGCUGAAGAGCCUCAUGGAACAGGCUGCUGCUCAUGACCUCGACCAGCUGUGAGUCCAGUCAACUCGCCACACACCAGGCUUAAGCAUCCUUUAGCUGCUGACUGAUGAUCAGAAGAAAAUUCGACAUCAGGGAGCCCUAAGUCUCCCUUAGAGUGGGGCAUCCGCUGCCUUGAAACCAUGGGCCCUGUGGACAUCCAGCCCUCUCUCAAAAUAAAUUCUCUGUCUGAAGUAUGCAGAGG